UCUCCAACAUGUUUUCUUUCUUGUUGUUGUUAUUUUAACACUGAUGGAUUUGGAUAACGGUUUGACCGCAGUUACGAUAAAAAAGAUCAUCGAGGUCUAACAGUUGAAGUAUCAGUUGUGUUUAUCAUUGGUUAGCGAGAGUUGGUUUUUGAAAACACUGAUCAAGUUACAUUCUCACUUAAACCAGUUUUUUUUUAAAAAUGUGUUGAAAAAACUUAAAAAUGGAUUUUCGUAUGUUCUGUAAAAAAAUGGCAAAUAAAAAUGUUAAGGGUACGGAGAAAGGUGUAGAGCUAACCAAAAUAACGGUGAAUGGUACUACGUCUGAGGCUAAAGCGACGAGCGCCGACGCCAAGACCACCACCACUUGCACUCCUGAGGUGUGUAGAUCUGCGAGGCAGCGAUACCAACCACCGGAUUUAGCAAGUGACAGUCCUUGGAAUCAAAAGAAGACUUACUUUUUCAUCGCGACCAUAAUUGUUUUUGUGAUUUGGAUUAUUAUUUAUUCGAUAAUCAGUGAACUCAAACUGGUGUGAUAUAUAUAUUUGAAUUUUAUAGCUAUAUUUUAUUUUUUUAUUGAAGCUAAUACAAAAUAGUUGAAAUGUUGAAUGUUCACUUGUUUUCGCGAGAAAUACAAAAAUUGGGGGGAUUAGGAAAAGAUAUGAACUUUUGGUCCAAUAAGUAAAACCCUUUAAAUUUAAAGGAUAUAUUUUCAGGAAAGAUUAAUUUUUGGGAAAGAAAGGUUUUGGCUUUCUACUUCUACACCUUUCUCUGGAAGCUUCCCACAUUUUUUUAAUAAAAGAUAGAAAAGUAAAAAGUCAAAACUUUCCUUCACCAAAAAGGACCACCGUCUUACAUUAGGAAUUUCUCCAAAUCUCAUAGGUCACUUCACGUACCAAAUUUGAAGCAAUUAUACCUACUAAUUUUUGA